GCUUUAUUUUAAAAUUGUGCCACUGGUAGCUUUCCCUCGAAUUGCUCUCUUUGAUGCUGCAAUCCCUUUCAUUUCUUCAGCCCCCCACAUCGAAACCAACUUAGGUUUAUGAGCCAGAGAUCUGCCCUUUGAAUAUGGAGAGCUCGGACAAGGUGGUUGCUGUGAUUAUGGUGGGCGGACCCACCAAAGGGACAAGAUUCCGGCCUCUUUCAUUUAAUGUUCCUAAACCCCUUUUCCCUCUAGCUGGGCAGCCAAUGGUUCAUCAUCCCAUCUCUGCUUGUAAAAGGAUACCUAAUCUAGCUCAAAUAUAUCUGAUAGGAUUCUAUGAGGAGCGAGAAUUUGCACUGUAUGUUUCUUCGAUUUCAAGUGAGAUGAAAUUGCCAGUAAGAUAUUUGAAGGAAGAAAAACCACAUGGUUCAGCUGGCGGCUUUUACUGCUUCAGAGAUAUUAUCAUGGAAGACAACCCAUCACAUAUCUUUCUUCUCAAUUGUGAUGUUUGCUGUAGUUUCCCUUUACCAGCCAUGCUUGAAGCCCAUAAAAGUUAUGGUGGAAUGGGGACAAUGUUAGUAAUCAAGGUUUCUCCUGAAUCGGCUAGCCAGUUUGGUGAGUUGGUGGCUGAUCCGGUCACUAAUGAAUUGCUGCAUUAUACGGAGAAACCUGAGACUUUUGUUAGUGAUUUGAUAAAUUGUGGCGUUUAUGUAUUCACCCCUGAUAUAUUUCAUGCCAUACAAAAUGUAUCCAGUAAUCGUGAAGACAGAGCUAAUUUACGUCGAGUCUCCAGCUUUGAAGCACUCCAAUUUCCCACCAGGGCUCUUCCUACAGAUUUUGUAAGACUGGAUCAAGAUAUUUUGUCGCCUCUGGCUGGAAAGAAACAAUUGUAUACAUAUCAGACAAUGGAUUUUUGGGAGCAAAUUAAAACUCCAGGAAUGUCUCUAAAAUGCUCAGAGUUGUAUCUCACUCAAUUCCGGUUUACUUCACCCCAUCUUUUGGCCAGUGGAGAUGGUAAAAGAAAUGUUACGAUUGUUGGUGAUGUAUAUAUUCAUCCAUCUGCAAAAGUACAUCCAACUGCCAAGAUUGGUCCCAAUGUUUCUGUUUCAGCAAAUGUUCGUGUUGGGGCUGGUGUCAGGCUGAUAAGUUGUAUUAUUUUGGAUGACGUUGAAAUCAAGGAAAAUGGUGUAGUUAUAAAUUCUAUCAUUGGAUGGAAAUCGUCAAUUGGCAGAUGGUCACGAGUGCAGGCUGUGGGAGACUACAAUGCCAAGCUUGGAAUCACCAUCCUCGGAGAAGCUGUGACGGUUGAAGAUGAGGUUGUUGUGAUCAAUAGCAUUGUUCUUCCCAACAAGACCCUGAAUGUCAGUGUACGAGAGGAAAUCAUCUUAUGAUAUUUGGAAGAGAAAGUUUUACUUGGAACUCAGAAAGAAAAGAGGUUUCACCAGGCUUUUCACUUUUCCUUUUUUAUUUAUAAUUUUUCGUUUAUUUUAUUUUCUUUCUCUUGUAAUAACAAUACUGAAAUGAAGCAAAUAUUUUAUUAACAAUAUUCAUUUUUUUAAUAAAUGAGUGAUAUAUUGAAGUUCA